CCUUGUGCGCGAGAUGUAACCCGUUGGCGUUUGGAUUGAUAUAUCAGUACAUCACCCAUCAAAUACUGCUACUGUACUGUGAAGCUUAGCAGAUGGUGCAUCACAAACAGUUGAUGGUGCUUACAGACAGGGACUCGUUCUAUUGGUGGUUCUUAUCCCCUUUUGAAAGAAGACUCCCUCGAAACAAGGACACAAAGUGUUUCACUUCUCACUUUUUUAGUGCUUGUUACGCCCAGACAUUUUUUUCUAAAAAAAAAAAAACUAGCACUGAAACCUUUUUUUUUUGACACUUUCGACUCAAUAAGUUCUCUACGUAUCUAUAGCACAUACACACACACACACAGUACGCGCUAUACGCAUACAUUCAACAUGUCGUUGCAUAAUAGUGUUGUGACAGCAUUCCGGAAUUCAGAGUGCCAUACGACACGACCUCCACAGCACCCUCGACCACACCAGCAACCUGCACCUCCUAUACAGCCGAUAACAGCAACGCAACCACACCCUCCAUUGCCACAGUUGCAGCCACAGUCAGUCGAAGGCACGUCCAAUUCCACAAAUGAUCCCUGGGACCGUGUCGACAACUAUGCAUUCACUUUUGUGAAUCCACCCGUUUCACCUACAGGAUCACAGACCGAAACCCAUCGUUUUUCACGUCCAAAACGACAGCCACCACCGAUAUCAAUACCAGCACAACCGCAGCAACAGCAACAACAGCACGAGUCUACUACUCCUGGCAGUUCCCUGUCAGCUCGAUCUCGGUACGAAUCCAUCAACGUCACGUCACCACGAUCUCGAACAGAAAGUCAAAAUAGCAACGUUCAAUUCACACCUGCGUCCAGCAAAUUCGAAAACCUCAAGCUUCAGGCAAUGCACUUGUGGACUUCCGGAGUUGAUCUCGAACUGAAAAAGGCGGAACAGCCUAUCAAAAAGAAGGCAUCGUCUGCUACUUGGCUCACCGAGUCCGAGUUUACGAGUAUGCAACCUCCAGCAGCUGAAAAGCCGCUAUCACCAGCGCAACCGGUGGAAUCAUCAUCGUCUUUCAGCACAGACGGCUUCAUCAAAACAAGUACCAGUAAUCUAGGUGUCACCCAUGGUGGAUAUGCGCGUAAAGACACGCGCUCUUUUGCCGAAGCUGCGAGUUCACAACAACAACAACAACAAGAGCAGCAGCAUAGCAGUGAUAAUGACACAGAUGCUUGGUCACCCGAACAAGAAGAUCUUACCCCUGCAGUGCAUACCUUACCGUUCGCCACACAUCGCCGCGGUCCUUCUUCAACAGGACCUAUGCCCUUGUCGUGCAAAUCCGGCAGAACACUCGUUAACAGUAUGUCUGCGGCAAUACCUGCCGGAGCCGCAGCACCACCAUCGACAAUCACUGCAGGCGUUGGCAACAUGCCUGCAUUGGACCACAAUCUCGACGCGCAAAUGUACCAGGAUUUAUACGUGAUUUACUCCGAUCUCCAUGGAUCCCACACGUUAACGAAAUUUUAUGUCAACGCUGACGAGUUUUUACGACAAAGCCCACGGAUGUCUUCCAGGACGUUUGGCAUGCUUAUUGAGACCUUGGUUUCGGUAGCUGCACUCGAGAAACGACCGACAGGCACGUUACCAGAAGGUAGAAAUGUAUUUAACCGAAUGAUACCCAGCAUUGCGCCGUUCACACAAGCACUCCAAGGCUAUCUCCAAUUUCAUGUGCUGACUCCACGCGAGAUGAUGCCUGUGCUGGAGCUGUGCAGCAUGUUUGCGCUUGCCUGCCCUCGCUCUGCCACUCGAAUGCCUUUGGGGCUGAUCCAACAAACAUACGACCAAAUCAAAACCAUCUUCAACCAUACAAAUGCCACGCGUGCAAAAGCCUAUCUGUACGAGAUCAGCUCAAGCCUCAAACCAGAAACAGGAUUUUGGGGGAGCUCGAACGCAGAUGCAAACAAUGGUUGGGAGAAUUCUCAAGCGGUUCAAAACGAGGUCGCAAGGAACGGUGCGGAUGGAUGGUGGCGAUCCAUGUCGCAAUUGCCCUCUAUUCCUGAUGGCAAGGAGCUGCUGCAACAAGUGGCACGACGGAUGAAACGGACAGCAAAAGGCCGCUGGAUUUGCACGGACGACCCAUUGCUUCCUAGAAUCGUCAAUAUUGUUCAAGGCGAGCAUCCUGGUAUGCACGUUUAUCUGAUGACUCAGUUCAUGCUGUUAUGGGAGGAAAUGUGCGGGCCCGUACAACAGGCGAUGCAAAGGCACGUGGAGAGCAUCACCAACAAUGAGGCCCAAGAGAACGGCACGGUGUCGAUGAUAUCCAACAACUACAACAACGACGAAGAGCAAGAAGUGUUGGAAGGAUGCAGUGUAUAUACGGAUCUCUACGUGUGUGGCACGACUCUUUUCCCGACCGUCAGUGAACCCGCUGUCGUUUUCCAUGCACUGGUCGAUUGUGAACAUUAUCCUUUUGCGCCACAGGAAGGAUCGUUUGCUGUGCUGAUUUCAAACGAGCGCCAGGUUCAGCCGACAUUCUCCAAACAACGUUCAUCGGCAAAGGUCGAAUCUGCUAUGGUGCUGACAGGCACAAUCGUGUAUGGAAAAGUCGUCUCCUCAAAGAUCAUCAUUGGAGUUCAUUUGAGGGACUCGCAGCUUUCUACGGCUCGCUGGUCUGCACGAUACACAUUGAUUGCCGCUAAUGCAAACGCUGCCUCGAUCUACCCGGUGCUUGAUUGGUAUCGUCUUCAAGUCGAGCAAUCCAACGAUACAUUGCCAGAACUUGCAUCCAGCUUGCUCACACCAGCAACUUCACAACGGCCAGGUGAGCUGGAGGAUAAUCGCGAUAUGCCGGAAUAUCUCCAUGGUUUGGAACUCGAUCUUUCUUGUAUCAUGUUGCCACAGUAUCAGAAUGCCAAUGUGAUCCUGGGCAGCAAGGGCAAGUCAACCCAAUGGCCGAUGCAUCGUGAUCAGACACUAGCACCAUCGCUCCGGUCACCCAUGUACAUCCUGUCUCCCACGCAGCUAGCGGCGGUCCAGCAUGCACUGACACACAAAGUCUCGGUGAUCUCGGGUGGGGAAGGUACAGGAAAAACGUUCUUGGUGACCAAGCUUGUCGAACUGAUCCAUCAGUCGCUCGUAUCUGCCCAAUGCUUCCAACCCAUUCUGAUACUGACAAAGAAUGAAAACACACUGGACAGUAUCCUGACCCAAGUCAUCAAAAAGAUCCCAGACUUGGUACGUCUUGGCAGAGCCAUUGGCAAUGGUCAAAUUGGCCAUCGACAGCUUAUCAAGGCGGCGGCACCCAACCCAACUGAUCCGAAUCGCAAGUACGCGCAUGCCAUGGAACGCAAGCUUGCUACGCUUCAAGGCCAACUGUCGGCUUUGUGGAGUUAUCGACAAAGGGUGGUGGAUGCUGAACCAAGAGUCAUGGUAACCACCAUCCCACCACAGUAUGUUGUCGAGUUCCAAUCCGGCUAUACCCGCAAGACGGGCAUGCCCGUUCAACCGAGCCACGAGUAUCCUCUCGAGGUCAUCUGGAGCCGCUGGAUGGGUGAAACGAAGCAGCAACGGCCAGCAUCAUCCGCUAAUGUGGAUAGCAAUUUGGCAUUUGGUGCUACGUAUGCCACGCUCGCCGGAUCCACGCUUUCGGAAACAGGCCAAUUUAUGCCACCGAUCAUGGAACGCGACUACUAUAUCGAGCGUCGCAAGUGGAUCGAGCGCCAUGCGCCGUUUGUUGGAUCGAUCUCGAAUGCCGAGCACUGGCCAUUCUCGAAUUCAGAAAGCGGCAGCCAUGUGCGUCUAUUGAUGAAGAAGGUCUGGUCGAUGAUCAAACCACAAGAUUUGUGGGACUUGCCUCAGGGGAACAAGGACAUGGUACAGCAGCAAGUCAUUUCUGCGCUGCUGAAGAUCAUUGACAUCAACAUCAACGGCCUCUUGACACAGCAAGCACAAGCAGCCAAGGUCGUGGAAGAGUCUCGGUUGGCCAAAUGGGUCAACAUUUCUCGGUUCAGUCGCGUGGUCGGUGUUACUGCUGAUUUCGCUGCAGCCCAUUACAAGGUACUCGAAUCGUUGUGGCCGCGUGCAGUGAUUAUGGACGAGGCGCAAAGCAUUCUUGAGUCCGUCUCUGCGCCGUUUGUGUUGGGUUCCCGUGUGCAACAGGUCAUCAUGAUCGGUGACGCGCAUGCUCGUCAACGUCCAACAGUGCACAAUCCAAAGUUGAAGGGCAGUCCAAAGAAUUUGGAUAUUUCGCUAUUCGAGCGUUGGAGGUUGGGAGGCGGGUACAUUACUCGGUUGGAGGAACAAUGGCGCAUGUGCUCGGAUAUCGUUGGUAUCCAUGACUCACUGGCUACGCCAGAAGCAGACCGCAAGCUAUUGAUCACUGCCCCCAUUGCUGGCGAGAACAAGGGCGAUCAGUGCACGCUUGAGCUCGUAGGAUUGAACGACCGAGCCUUUUUUGUCGAUUAUCAAGUUCCGAAAGAUGCCAUCAACGAUUUGGACCCCCUGGCUCGUCGUUUCACGGGCAAAGAUAUCAAGAUGGUGGAUUUGGACGAGGCUCGCUAUGUCGCUCACUUGACUCUGUACCUAUAUCAACAAAAUUACAAGGCGCAUCAGAUCACCAUCCUCACAGUAUCGCCAACACAAAAAAUUCUCGUCCAGAUGGUUCUCAGGGAACUUGCCUCGACGCCAAACAGUUUUGUUUCGUCUAAUUCGACGAUUGCCAUCGUUGACACUGUAGAUAAUUAUGUUGGCAAAGAAAGUCAUUUUGUUAUCCUGUCUUUGGCCAUGCCUUGCAACAAUCCGAUCCCAGAAGGCAACAUUUCUCUCGCUCUUUCACGAGCCCGCUCGGGUCUCUACAUGGUCGGCAGAGUCAAGGAGCUUCAGGAAACAGCAUGGAGUAAUGUGAUCCAAUACAUGAAAGACAGAGGCCUCUGUGAACCCAAUAUCGAACUCCAAUGUCAGAAGCAUAAAGAUCAAAUUUCCCUCGCUGCUAACCACGCUGAUUUCAUACUAGUCAAAAAUGGAGGAUGCACGAAACUCUGCGAUACGUUAUUAGACUGUGGCCAUGUUUGCAAGGAGACGUGCCAUCACAUGAAGCACUCGAACAUCAUGUGCCAACAGAGCUGUGAGCGGGCUCGCCCAGAAGGAUGUAAGCACAAGUGUCGUAACAAAUGCUACCAGUGCCACAACAAGUGUCCUCCGUGCGACGUGUUUACAGAGAUGGGACGUGAGUGUGGCCAUAUUAUUUCGGGACCGUGCCAUAAACUUCCAGAGUUGUGCAAGACUACACCCUGUCUUGAAAAAGUCCAGCAUGAGUUCCCUUGUGGUCACAGCAUAAGCGUGGAAUGUCAUCGAGUCUCAAGUGCCAGUCAAAAAGAGCUGGUCUGUCAAGAAGUUGUUCAAGUAACGCUAGAGUGUGGACAUACUGUCGAAACACAAUGUUGCUACGAGCCGAUAUGUACUGAGCGCUGCCCAGAACGUCUUGACUGCGGGCAUAGUUGCCCAGAGAGGUGCGGUACGGACCAUCGGUUACAUGCGCGAGCCGAUUGUACGGCAAGUUGCUCAAAACAAUUAAUCUGUGGCCACUAUUGUGCUAAAGGUUGUGCGAAUCCCGAUGAUCAUACUGAACGCUGCGUUGAACCGUGCCAGCACGUUUGCAGCCAUGGUUACCGGUGUGGACGUGAUUGCUGGAUGGUUUGCAAUGCGUGCCUGCAGCCUUGCCCUUACAAGUGUGAGCAUCUGCAGUGCACUAAAAAAUGUCAUGAGAGAUGCGAUAGACCACCAUGCAAUGAGCGUUGCACACAACAAUUGGAUUGCGGACACAUCUGUUCCGGCUUAUGUGGUGAACCCUGUCCACCUUGCAAACAGUGCUCUUCAGAUCGUGUUUGUUCUAUUUCCUUGAGAACGCUCGCUGAAUUCGAUGAUGAGGAACUCGUCUAUAUGUUGCCAGAAUGUGAAUGUGUGUUUGCUGUUGAAUCCUUGGAUCUAUAUUUUCAAACACAAGCCAAGAAUGGUGAACACACGGCCAUCAAGCUAUGGCAAUGUCCAUCCUGCCAAAAGCCGAUAUACACAGCACUGCGCUACAAUGUAUACAUCAAGACCGAGAUCGCGUUGGUGAAUCAGAUCAAAGCACAGCAAGAAGCGGCACGCCAACUUAUUUCACAGCAAGAAAAGACGGAUAUUAUCCAAGCCAUGAACGCGGAAACGCGCACAAGCAUUAAUAACAUUGUCGGUGGUCGUUGGUUUGUGUGUGAAAACGGCCAUCCCUACUUUAUCGGUGACUGUGGUGGCGCCACACAGAUUGCUUCUUGUCCGCAGUGUGGUGCAGUAAUUGGUGGUCUACAGCAUAAGGUGGUGGAAUCUAAUCGAUUUUAUGGCGAGUUUGAUGGUUCCUAUGAACCUGCUUGGCCAGGCCAACCUGGAUAAUCCCGUUCAUAUUCUGUUCAGCUUGUGCAACAAUUCUAAUCCAUCAUCAUCAUCCAUCAUCGUCAUAGCCAUCAACAUCUUGCGCAUAUACUAUAUCAUUUUUUCUAUCAUGAAUAACCUACUACAUCUCCUAUCCCUCAAUUAUUGACAAAGAUUUAUCUUUCCUGUCUUCUUCUCUCUACCAAGUACUUGUGCAUACCAUCCCUUCUCCUUUUCUUUUAACUGUACUGCAUAUAUGAUGUUUAUAGUAGCUGUUUUAUACAUAUAUGUAUAUAUAUAUAUACUUAUCGUAAGAGGUAGCAUCAUAAAUAUAUUCAAAACCUACA